AUGACCGCCUUAAUCGAGGAGAAGGGCCGCCAGCCCUGGAUUUCCAUAGCUCAGAACGCGGUUGUCACGACACAUGACCGCGACGUCACUCUUUCAACGGAGCAAUGCGAAGCCAUUGGGCCUAGGUACCUGAACGUGUUGCGAUUUGUAACAGACACAGCAGCCCAGGAGAAUCAUAUGCCUACACCAGUCUACCUGAAUAAGAUCCUCUUGUCGCUAGGAGAGACCUACACCGAUGUCCUCUCCGACGCAGAGAGGAGUGUUUGUGAUCGUUUCACAGCUUUGCGUAGAGUUUUAGAGGAACACAUUAAUGACCCUGAACUCGCUCUUCAUAUGACUGAGGAAGAUAAAGAGGAGUAUGCUGUGGCUGAGCGGCAUGUUUCUCGCAUGCGCUGGAGCAGAUGA